CUUCGCGGGCAGGUACCGCGGCUCCGCCCCUGUCCGCCCAGCCGGUCGGCCCUGGGCCGGUCGAGCUAAUCACCGCGGCCCAAUGACAACAAGGCCCGACUCUUCCCGCCCAGGAUCUAGAGACAGGACCGAAGGAGAGCCCGAGGCGGCUUUAUUGCUGUCGCCACCGCCGCUGCCGCAAGAGCUCCCCGGGUUGACCCCGACACCAGCUCAUCUCGGUUCUGCCCAGGGUCAGGCCCUGCUGGACGGCUCCUAACUUCAAUCGGCGACCGCAUCUGGACUUGGCUGACCGAGAUACGUAGUUGUCACAAGACGUGGGACUCGAGGCCAUCGAAGUCCUGAGGACCCAAGACUCAGGAAACAUGGGAACCGGCGUGCCACCGUCACAGCAGAUCAGCUGUGCCAAAGGGCAUCCACGGGUUUAUUGUCCUGCAGAUGCUGGAGGCAUUGAGGCUAUGCCGGUUACAGGCUGUGGGAACCCCGAGGAGAAUCCACCCCAGAACGAGCCAGAUUACUACAAUCCAGAGGACUCUGGACAGCUGAUGGUCUCCUAUGAGGGUAAAGCGAGGGGCUACCAGGUGCCUCCUUUUGGCUGGCGCAUCUGCCUGGCUCACGAGUUUGCAGAGAAAAGGAAACCCUUCCACGCUAACAACAUCUCUUUAAGCAACCUGGUAAAGCACUUUGGCAUGGGCUUGAGGUACUUGAAGUGGUGGUACCGGAAGACCCAGGUGGAAAAGAAGACCCCUUUCAUCGACAUGCUCAAUUCCGUACCACUGAGACAGAUCUAUGGUUGUCCCUUGGGUGGCAUUGGAGGAGGUACUAUCACCCGUGGCUGGAGAGGCCAGUUCUGUCGUUGGCAGCUUAAUCCUGGGAUGUACCAGCACCAGACAGUCAUUGCAGAUCAAUUCACAGUGUGCCUGCGUCGGGAGGGGCGGACUGUUUACCAGCAAGUUCUGUCCCUGGAGCGUCCAAGUGUCCUGCGCAGCUGGAACUGGGGCUUUUGUGGUUAUUUUGCUUUCUACCAUGCCCUCUAUCCCCGAGCCUGGACUGUCUAUCAGCUUCCUGGCCAGAGUGUCACCCUCACCUGCCGCCAGAUUACACCCAUCAUGCCCCAUGACUACCAGGACAGCAGCCUGCCUGUAGGAGUCUUUGUGUGGGAUGUGGAAAACGAAGGAGAUGAAGCUCUGGACGUGUCCAUCAUGUUCUCCAUGCGGAAUGGACUAGGGGGCGGAGAUGAUGCCCCGGGGGGGUUGUGGAAUGAACCUUUCUGUCUGGAACGAGAUGGGGAGACUGUACAGGGGCUGCUGUUGCAUCAUCCCACACCUCCAAAUCCUUACACCAUGGCUGUGGCUGCACGACUCACGGCAGAGACCACGGUAACCCACAUCACAGCCUUUGACCCUGACAGCACUGGGCAGCAGGUGUGGCAGGACCUACUUCAGGAUGGACAGCUGGACUCCCCCACUGGCCGGAGCAGCCCCUCACCAAAAGGAGUAGGUAUCGCUGGGGCUGUGUGUGUUUCCAAAAAGCUGCUACCUCGAAGCCGGUGCUGCCUGGAGUUUUCACUGGCUUGGGACAUGCCCAAAAUCAUGUUCGGAGCUAAGGGCCAAGUGUACUACAGGCGGUAUACAAGGUUCUUUGGCUCCGAUGGCAGUGCAGCCCCUGCCCUUAGCCACUAUGCCCUGUGCCGAUAUGCCGACUGGGAAGACAGGAUCUCAGCCUGGCAGCACCCGGUAUUGGAAGACAGAUCCUUGCCCGCUUGGUACAAAUCUGCGCUGUUCAACGAAUUAUACUUCGUGGCUGAUGGAGGCACAGUAUGGCUGGAAGUUCCUGAGGACUCCCUAGCAGAGGAGCUGGGAGGGAAUAUGCAUCAGCUCCGCCCCAUUCUGAAGGACUACGGUCGAUUUGGCUAUCUUGAGGGCCAGGAGUAUCGUAUGUACAACACAUAUGACGUCCAUUUUUAUGCUUCAUUUGCCCUCAUCAUGCUCUGGCCCAAACUUGAGCUCAGUCUACAAUAUGACAUGGCUCUGGCUACUCUCAAGGAGGACCUGACACGGCGACGGUACCUGAUGAGUGGGGCAGUGGCACCUGUCAAGAGGAGGAAUGUCAUUCCUCAUGACAUUGGGGACCCAGAUGAUGAGCCAUGGCUCCGGGUCAAUGCAUAUUUGAUCCACGAUACUGCUGACUGGAAGGACCUGAACUUGAAAUUUGUACUGCAAGUUUAUCGGGAUUAUUACCUGACGGGUGACCAAGGCUUCCUGAAGGAUAUGUGGCCUGUGUGUCUAGCUGUGAUGGAGUCUGAAAUGAAGUUUGACAAGGACCAUGAUGGACUCAUUGAGAAUGGAGGCUAUGCAGACCAGACCUAUGAUGCAUGGGUUACCACAGGCCCCAGUGCUUACUGUGGAGGGCUGUGGCUGGCAGCUGUGGCUGUAAUGAUUCAGAUGGCUGAUCUAUGUGGGGCACAGGAUGUCCAGGAUAAGUUUUCUUCUAUCCUCAGCCGGGGCCGAGAAGCCUAUGAGAGACUGUUGUGGAAUGGCCGCUAUUACAACUACGACAGCAGCUCUCAGCCUCAGUCUCGUAGUAUCAUGUCUGACCAAUGUGCUGGACAGUGGUUCCUGAGGGCCUGUGGUCUAGGAGAAGGAGACACUGAGGUAUUUCCUACCCUGCAUGUGGUUCGUGCUCUCCAAACCAUCUUUGAGCUCAAUGUCCAGGCCUUUGCAGGAGGGGCCAUGGGGGCUGUGAAUGGGAUGCAGCCUCAUGGUGUUCCUGAUAGAUCCAGCGUGCAGUCAGAUGAAGUUUGGGUGGGUGUGGUCUAUGCACUGGCAGCUACCAUGAUCCAAGAGGGCCUGACUUGGGAAGGCUUUCAGACAGCUGAAGGUUGCUACCGCACUGUGUGGGAGCGCCUGGGCCUGGCUUUCCAGACCCCAGAGGCAUACUGCCAGCAGCAAGUGUUCCGAUCACUGGCCUACAUGCGACCAUUGAGCAUCUGGGCCAUGCAGCUGGCCCUACAACAGCAGCAGCAUAAAAAGGACAGUAGGCCAGUAGUCACACAAGAUACAGGGCUAAGCACAAAUGUGGACCAAAGAAAGUCUUGGCAACUCUAAGUCCAGAAUGAGUCCUCUGAACUGUGGAAGCCCAGCCCUGAGACUGGUCUUUCUUCCCUCCGCCCAAAACUCCUGCAACCCUGAGCCACCAGGACAAUCGUGCCCCUUCCCUUCUCUCGCAACUGUGCCAGUAAAAAGGGGCUGAAGGUGACCCAAACAUCAGAACCACUUAUUUAUUUCUUACCCUACCCUUUCCCUCAGUGCAUGAAAUAUUCAUGGCCAGCCCAUUUUCCCAGAUCCAUUCAUGGGGCAACAGACAUGCACACAAAUAAAAGAUGCAUAAAACUAGCAAAUGUGCUAUGUUGAGCUCCAGGCAUCCUAGUGACAAGAGCAAGGGCAGCUCAAAGCCCUUUUUAUCUACAUAUAAGAUGGGAGUCUCCAGGCUCUUGCUGAGAUACCCAUAUCCUCACAUCUAACCCGAAUAUCUGCCCUGCAAGAUAACAGAUGAUGGACUGUGGGGAGGGGACCAUGCACCCUUUCCUGUAAGAUUUGCUUGCAAGGGAAGGAUGGGGCCUGAGAAGGAAGGAUCUGAGAAGCCAUCAAGAUGUGGCCACCGCGGAGGAGACUCGGCCUGAGGCACAUGGUACAACGUGCAGGAAAAGUUGCUAGAGGCAUGGAGCCUAUGUUCUGAGCUGUCCAGUAACUGGUUUGUGCUGUCCUUUGGUACCUCUGAAUGCAAAGCAGGCAGCCCCUGCUGGUGAUGCACCUCACUGGGGAGGGCGCGAAGCUGGCGGGACAACACUGAGGAGACAAAGAACUGUCAGUCAACACAGAAUGAGCAAGCCCUCUGCCCUAGCCCCUGUUUAAAGGGAUGCUUAAACGGCUUACCAACAUACUCAGCUGGCAGAGUCCCCCUCGCGUUAGAGGAGUACAUGGCAGGUACGAGGAGGAGGCAGAAGGAGAAGAGCAGGACCUAGAAUACAGGGAAAGGAAAUCAAGAAGUGUUCUGGGUUGUUUCCCACGACCCGGGGAAAGGAACUCUUCUCCCAUCAUCAUCCCCACCAGGACGCAUGUGCUGCUGCUGCUAGUUUUGUUUGAUAUCUCAAUCACCAUGGCCUGGAGUUUCUUCAGUUGAUCUAGAAGGGACCUACAAAAAGAAAGGAAUGGUGUUCAGCAUGCCCUGGCCUGACAACCUGAAUCACAAUGAAACCCGCCUAUAAAAUCACCCCCUCCAUCAGUGCACUGGAUCUAAUCUCUUACUUUCUUGCCUAUUUUUGAAAAUGACUUCUUCCUCUUUGUGGACAAAGGCUUGGAGUUCCUUAUUGUGAUAAUAAAAUAAAAUAAAAUUUCUCUGCCCUGA